CAAUUCACAUGCAAUUAGUAAAGUUACGUACCUGCUAUAGUACCUUCUCGUUAUCGAUAAGACAUUGAUUACGGUUUGCCUUUUUCCGAUUCCGGAUCGGAAAAUGAGAGCGACGACCCGACACCCGCUCUGUGAUUGGGCAGACUACGUUGGCGGGUCUUGCCAUCCGCCUGGCCCCUGCAAACCUCGACAACCAGAGCUCUGGUAAAAAAAAAAAAUCGAUUUGAUUUUCUGGGUUCGCCGUCUUCCUACAGCUGCUACCUCGAAGGUCCAAUUCUCGGGCGGAAUUUACACACACGCCACACCAACACGAGCCGCAAAACACACGUCGACCCUAUUACCGAGAAUCCCCCGCUACGCACCACGCUACGAAGAGGGCAAUCGGCCUCGCCCGCACCACCGCACGUCACCAUGUCGAGAGGAGCGCCGCGCGGACGGGGCGGCUUCGACAGAGGAAGCAGUCGAGGAUUCAGAGGCGGCGGCGGCCGCGGCGGCUUCCAGCAGCGAGACGCCGGCCCGCCGGACCAGAUCCAGGAGCUGGGCCGGUUCCUGCACGCGUGCGAGGGCGAGAUGGUGUGCGCGAGCGAGAACCCGCGCGUGCCCCGCUUCAACGCGCCCAUCUACCUCGAGAACCGCACCGCCGUCGGCAAGGUCGAGGAGGUCCUCGGCCCCAUCAACCAGGUCUACUUCACCAUCAAGCCCGGCGAGGGCGUCCAGGCCACCUCCUUCCGCCCCGGCGACCGCUUCUUCGUCGCCCCCGACCGCCUCCUCCCCCUCGAGGUCUUCCUCCCCAAGCCCAAGCCCCCGCCCGGCGCUCCCAAGGUCAAGAAAUCGAGCCGCGGCGGCUUUGGCGCCCGCGGCGCCCGCGGAGGCGGUAGAGGUGGCCCGAUACGUGGCGGUGGCGGCCGCGGAGGACGGGGUGGCCCUUCGAGGGGGGGUAGGGGCGGAUUCGGCGCCGGUAGAGGAGGAGGUGGUGGCGGGUUCGGCGGAGGUCGCGGGGGUAGCGGAUUCGGUGGCAGGGGUGGCGGCGGUGGAGGUAGGGGACGUGGUGGUUUCAGUAGAGGGGUUCGGUUCUAAGGAACUCAUCCAAGAGAAACCAAGAUACCCCGAUUCUUUUGUCUAUCUGUCCAACCUGUUCACAUUCUCCCGACCUCUGCAGUCGAUACGCUCGAUGCAGCAUUCCCCUACUAUAGUCACAGACACGUGCCCUUUUCUGCUUCUCGGAUAUUUACGUGGUACCAUAGGAAUGGCGUUAUAAGGAAUCUCUGAUAUAACCUCUUCAUUUUUUUUCGUUCCCUGCCUCUCUGACUCUUCCAUAUUCCUGCUGAUAAACCAUGUUGAUACCUACACGCAGGAUGAGAGCGUGACCACUACUUUGUCAGCAAGAGGUAGACAUAGUUUACGAAAAUACGUGCAGAUCUAGCUGCUACUUACAAUUCGCCAUGGACGCGCAUGUAUACGUGUAGUGAGCUGUAUGCUAAGCGACCUGCUAGUUUCCGGGCCGUAUAUACAUGUAUAGUUGGUGCGGUACAAUAUCAACUAUGUGAACUACUAUGGCCAGCCCCUUGCACUCUGUCCGUCAAAGAUA